CAGAACCGGCUCAAGGUAAUUUGAGUGUGUCAUGCAGUUGCUAUAUAAGAUAAGGCAUUUGCAGUUUUCUAGUAUUUAUAAUUCGGAUUUAUUUCGAAACGAAAUACUUUCACGAGUAUAUCAAGGUUUAGCUGGUGUUACUACGUCGUAUGUGAAGAAAAUGCCGAUAAAGGUAGGGGAUAAAUUACCCAGUAUUUGCUUAUGUGAAAACAACCCUGACAACAAAGUCGAUAUAGCCAAACUUUUUGCUGGAAAAAGAGGAGUGCUGUUUGCUGUACCAGGUGCUUUUACACCAGGAUGUUCAAAGACUCACCUUCCAGGUUAUGUUGAAAAGUUUGAAAAGCUGAAAGAAAAAGGAAUUGAAAUUGUUGCCUGUGUAUCAGUCAAUGAUCCAUUUGUCAUGGAGGCAUGGGGUAAAAACCAUCAAGCUGAAAACAAGAUUCGUAUGCUAGCUGAUCCAGCUGCAGAAUUUACUAAGGCUCUUGAAAUGGAAGUGGAUUUAACUGGUCCAUUGGGGAAUAUUCGUUCUAAAAGAUAUUCUAUGGUGAUUGAAAAUGGUAUUGUCAAGCACCUGAAUGUAGAACCUGAUGGUACUGGACUGACAUGUUCCCUGGCAGAUGGCAUUAUAAGUCAACUCUAAUAGAUGCGAGACAUGUGACCUAGUCAUAAAUGGAUCUUGUAAUAUUGUACUUUAAGUUUUUACAUAUAUAGAAUUAACUUUUUCUCAGAGUAAUAAUGUUAUUUAUUAGAUGUAAUAAAAAAAAUU